CUCGUCGACAGAUGACGCGUUGCACAAGCGGCCCGACAUCUUCCGGCAGUCGCCGCUAGCUCUGGCAGUCGGGCGUCCGUUGUUCGGCUGAUUUACAUGGAUAAUAAUUCAAUUCUCUCGACUGUCCUGGACUGUCUCCUCGCGCGCGCGUGUCCUCGAUCACUUGACGUCGCGACGUUGACAAUCCCGGCGAGCAUGAUCGCCGACGAGGGAACGAGACGGGGGCGCCGAGGAUCGGCUCGCGCGGAUCCAAUCGCGUUUUGAAUCGCGCGCGCUCCCGGAACCGCGCUGGGUUCGAGGCUCGCGAGCGAGCGAGUCCGUGGAUGUGGACCUUUGUUUUGUACAAAAGUAAUGGCUGCCAUCUCUAGCUUUCGAUUGAUGUUUUCCGUGGAGAGACCGAAUUCCCGUGUUUACCGCGGUAUUUAAUAACGCAGGAUCGCUCUGCGCGGUGCGUCGGCGUCGGCCGCGAUGUAAAUGGUGUUCGGACGCACGUCGUUACGGCUGCCUCAGUGUCAUUUCCGUGGAAAAAUGCCUGUGUUUACAUCCGAGUUACGAGCGAGCUUCUGUGGUCCUGUCACAUUAAGCAUAUGGUCCACGAUCCUCAAAUAGCCGAAUCGAGACUUGGUGAAGUCAAACCCGGGCGAGGACGAUAGCCAGCAGUCCUUGAACCGGUCGCACGAAUUUCCAUUUGGUGUGCUCUCGUAAGGCUACCAAAACGUCGACCCCAUCGGUAAUCAAGUUAUCGGGGGGUGGAACAGCUGGCAGUGGGGAGCAACUGUCCCCAGGGCCUGGCCCACCUCCCCCGGUGUCUCCUCCGUUGAUCGGCGGUGACAGUCGCGUCAAAGAGGAGAACGCGACAGCGACAGAGAAUAAUGAUGACGAAGCAUUGGAACAAGCUGCCGUUUCAAUGGCAACUGGAACAACGAAGUCCGCGUCUGCGGAAGUGGAGAAGGAACACGAACGCGAGGCUAGUGAAACCACCAUGAGUUUUGUUCUGAAACUAGACGUAGAGACCGCGACGACGUCGGUGGUGGAGAAUGCGACGAAAAGCGUCGGGAGUGAGGGACAGCCGCCACCGACGUUGCUGUUUGCUCGGGAGAUAUGGCGGUCCCAGGAACCUGUUGCGGUUGCUACCAGUGCUAUCACCACUACAGCAGGGAACGCCGUGAUAAUCACGAGCGGCGGUGAUGACGCCGCCGCGACUACUGACGGCAGCAAGUCGCAGUGUCCGGAGGCGACGAGCAAUCAGGACGAGAAGCAGACGGUGACGGUGACCACUGCAUCUGUUCUCACGACGAUCAAACCCGUGGUGACCUAUCCGGUUGCCAAGGGCGCCAGGGAGCAGCAGGUUCAGAGAAUGAUUGCCAGUUCGCAGACCAACACCACGGAAGUAUUAACAACGCGCGUCAUCUCGCAAAAACUGUCGCCAUCGUCCACUGAUCAAAUGCAGCAACCUGUCCCGGUGACCCUUAAUAUUUCCUCUCAAACAUCGACUAACUCAACGUCCUCCUCACCGUCUCCCAACAGUGUCGGCGUUCUUUGCCCUUGGCAAACGACGACCACUGUCACUGCGGUACAGGCCAGUCAGCCGAUAUAUCAGUCGAAGAAUCAGGUUGCAAUCGCUGAUCUUAUUCAUUGUAGUAAGCAGCAACAAGUGACGACGGCGAGCAGCGUACAGACUACGUUACAUCACAAACCUCAGCCAGUAUAUUCCACUUCUACUACAACGAUGAAGGCGGAUCUACAGAGGUAUCACGCGAAACCAUUGCCAGGCAGCGUCACCUCAGCUAGUCAAUCUGUGCAAAAGAUCAAGACCGUGACAAAUGUUAUCGCUAACCCAUCUACUAUAGUCGCGCAACGCAAUAAUUCCCUGUCCAAGUCUCAAGGCGUGCCGAAAACACGAGUAUUAUCCAGUCAGCUUGUAAACAACCAGACAAUUGCAAACAACGCGAAUCUGAAGAUUCAGCUGAACAAUCCAUCGAUACAGAAGACGACGCAAUCCGUCAAUGUAACGAAUAUGCAGAAAACAACGCUCCAAUCUAUUUGCAACAAUCAGAAAGUUCCGCUAUUGACUGGCAAUCAUCUUCCAAACCUUAAGACAACGCAACAGCAACAGAAGUUGCAGGUACAACCUCAAAAAAUAUCCCUAGCUGUGAGCAGGCAGCAGUUCCAGUCGAGUACGCAACAGAUGAACAACGUUUCGAAAUCCAGUAGCCUUGUAACUGGUUUGCAAAAGUAUCAGUCGCCUGGACAGCAUUUUAUGGCGUGUCAACAAGCGAUAUCUCAAGCGAGAUCUCAAUCGACAUCAACCGGGCUACAAAAACCUCAGACAUUAGCGACGGUACAAACCACCAAGCUGCAAAGCACAGCGACGAGCAAUGUCUGCAAGAGCAAUAGUAUGCCAAAUGUCUCCAAGCCGUCGCAAAAUUCGAACGUACUCGCAAGUGGCAAACAGUCACAAUUACAGGUGCAAUCCACAUCGACGCAAUUGUUGCAGGGCAACACUACGCAACAAGUGAUUCAAAAAUCUCAACAGCAGCCAACGGCUAAUGCGAAUAAUCUACAAGUUCAAAGAAGUCACAGUAUUACUAAUGUGCAUUCAAAGGUGAUAACGUCUGUAUCAAAUAAUCAAAGGACUCCGGUUGUGAUGAACUCAAAAGUUCAACAGCAGCAACAGCAACAACAAACGUUGAUGAGGGUAGGGAUAUCAAAAGGUCAAACGCAAACUGCACAAACUGUAACAGGUUUCAAGACUAUCUCGCAAAAACCCUUAAUGAAUCCUGUCAAAUCUACUACUGUAAACUCGCAAAAUAAUGUUAUUCAACAGCCUAUGAUGCAGAGAAAUAAUAAUCCUCCGCAAUCAAUGAAAAUCAUUCAGCAGCAUCAACAACAGCAGCAACAGCAAAGUUUAAUUGGUCCGCAGAAUGUUCCUCAAAAACAGCCUGGAUGCAUCAAGACUAUUCCGCCGCAAAAACAAAGGAACCACGCUCAGAAGAUCAGCGGCGCUGGUGUUAAACCUCUGUUGAGUCCAAAUGUGACGGGAUUUACGAAAGCUCAAGGUCCGACGCAAGUAGCGCCAAAAACGAGUAUCAAGACCUUGCUACCGCAGCAGACGGUGAUCGCGCCUAACGCGUCUAACGUAAUAGUCCCGCAUAAAAACUCACCGAUCAAAAUCCAACAGCAAGCGAUACAGCAGAAGCAAGUGAUCAUGGCGCCACAAUACACCCAGCAAAUCCGGCAGCAGGCGGGACAAAUAAAAACUCUGCUCCCAAUAACUUCAACUACAAUUGAACCUCGUAAAGAUCUCACUGAGAACAAAAACGAUAACCAGUCACGGAUGCCCAAAGAAGAAGAGCAAAACCCUGCUAAAUCACCAGUGAGGAGAAUGCCGCUUCCUUAUGAGUGUCUUCAGUUUGUUCUACAAGACCACAAUUACGGGGCGCCGCCACCACGAACGCCACCACCACCUCCGUCGCCACCACCUCACCCGAAGCAACAGCCCAUUAACGGAGCCGGCAGUUCCACGGCUACCUCCCAACAUCCUUACAUCUUUGGUCCUGUUGUGAGCAAUACCAAUGUGGAGGAUGACGCUGCUAGCGCGAUUAGUAGCGAAGCGGGUCGAGAGGCGGAACCGGAAGGCGAAGAAACUGAAACAGCACCUGAAGGCGAGGGUGACGACGAGGACAGUGUUACCAGAUGUAUCUGUGACUUUGAACAUGACGAUGGAUAUAUGAUCUGUUGCGACCGAUGCUUAGUAUGGCAACACGUCGAUUGUAUGGGCAUUGAUCGUUCGAACAUUCCUGAUGAGUACCUCUGCGAGAGAUGCCGACCGCGACGAGUGGACAGACAGCGAGCGCGCGCUUUACAAAUGCGUAAACGCGAGGAGCUUCUCAAUUCGGACACAUCGUCCGACACGUCGUCCACCAGUUCGGCGGACACGGACGUCGGUUCGGUGAACAAUGCCGCGGCCCAAAAGAAACGUUCGCUUUCUCAACAACAGCCGCAAGUUCCGAGGCGAAACAAAUCCGACGCAUCCGCCCAAUCAUCGCAGGUGCGGAAAUUAAAUAAUAAUAACAAUAACAACAACAAUAAUGUUGGGAAGAGACAGAGAAGGGACUCGCAAGCCCGGCAAUCGAGCGCCGUUCGCUCAAAGAAGGAGAGUGCUACCACAAAGCGAGGACCUGGAAAACGUAAGGCCAAGAGGAGAGCGAGUCUCGAGGACAAAGAGGAAGAUGUGCAAGAUGCCUGGGGCACCAACAUGGCGCCCUUAAGACAGUGGAUCGAAAAAUACGAAGAAGCUGUUACGAAUCAUUACAGUCCCGAGUUGAGAGCCAGGAUAUCGAAUAUUAAAGUCAACGGCACGCACAGUGAUCUCAGGCAAAGUAACAUGAAUGUCAUUGCCACCGGUAAAUGCAGACUCAAUGUGCACAGCAAUACUCUUAGAUUUUUAGUGGCAACAAUGUACCUUCCACCAAACACUCCUGUUGUGGAAUUACGUGGCAAGUAUAUGCUCAGUACACAACACCGACUGCAAUAUACGCAAAGUGGAAGGCAGCACGUCCAACGACCAGGACCAUUCGUGUUUUUCUAUCGUCUACCGCGCGACGGCACCGAAGUGUGCGUAGACACGCGGACGUACGGGAACGACGCGAGGUUUGUGCGACGUAGUUGCAAGCCGAACGCGGAGGUAAAGCAUUGCAUUGAGAAAGGCACGCUACACCUCUACAUUGUGACAACAUGUGCAAUCGAAAAGAACGCCGAGAUAACAAUCAAACACGAGCAACAUGAUUUGUUGCUGUCACCUAAUCCUAAUUCCUCUGUGCUGCCCGUCGUAUGCGCGUGUAACAAUCCGCGGGAGUGUCAAAUUGCGAAUGCGGCGAGUCAGCUGAGUAGAAGAGGCAGCAACGGUGCUCUCGUCGAAAACGCCGAUGGCAGAGAACGGAGGCGACGGUGUAGAAGGAACACCGUGUGCGAGGAUACCGAUACCACACCACCGGUAGCUCCUCCUACGAGCGUUACGCAAACCGUUACGACUACAACACCGUCUGUGACAUCGACGUCUGUGACUCCUGCGACACCGAGGCGAACUGUUACUACCACGGUUACGAGUACAACGACCCGACAGAUUGCUAAGGAAGAUACCAACGCGGCGGUGACGAACGCACCGCCUCAAACGUCACCCAAUUCGAGUCAGUCGGUGACGCCUACGACGGAAACGAAAAAGGACAAAAAGAAGAUGACGCGGGAGGAAAGGAAAAUGGAAGCAAUCAUGAAGGCUUUUGAAAGGCUGGAGAAGGCGGAACAGAGAAAGCAAGAGGUACAAGCGAGAAACGCGCAACGAAAGGAAUCUGGCGGUACACACAGCGACAACGAGGAUAAUCAUUCGGCGACAGGACAGUCUAAGAGUAGUGGCAAACAGACGAACUCUGAGAGACCGCUGCGGCGAAGAAGAAGAAAAGGUCGGGCGAGAACGACAAGUUCGUCUCAGUCACAGAGUAGUAAUCGAAGGACUAGAUUGAACUCCGCCGAAUCCGAUAUGUCCUCCGGGGACGAGAGCAAUUCUAUGCAAUCGCCGCCUCUGUUGGGUCAAAAUCGUCCACCUAGCCGGGACAUUUCGUAUUCGUCGCAUUUACACACCCCGGUGAAGAACACGACCGGCGACGUCGGCACCGGAUCGUCGUCCGGUGGCAUUCCCACUGCGGCCGGUUUACUACUGGCUUUAGCAAACUCGAACGCUCCCGGUCCUCCGAACUCGCCACCAUUACAGCAGCCUACUCCCGUUAAAAGUCCUACUUGCGACAGUGGAGCCAGCAGUAGUUCGCAAAGUUCCACGCCAUCAACGCCAUUAUCGUCUGCCUGCUUGCUAGUGGCCGCCGCGGUCGGCCCGUUAGCUCCAGGUUUCAAAUUUCCCAAGACGAAGAAGGUGCUGAUGAACGAGUGGCUAAAGGAAUCGCCGGAUUCGCCGCAAAUCAACAUACCUCAAGUGUCGCCUGUGUCGGUUCUACCUUCAGCUGGUCCGCCAACCUUACAAAAUUCCGUAAGUCCAUUGUGCGGCAGAAAUUUCUCGUCAACGGAUGCGUCGGCGGAAUUCCUAUCGCAGAGUUAUGCGGCCAAAAGCUUAGCUACUCUUGUGCAAGCCGCCAAUUCGGUCAGCGGCAUAUGUGACUCGCCACCGCAACGUAAACAGCAACAGCAAGUUAUUCCCGGCAAUAAUAACAACAACAACAACAAUAAUAAUGGCAACAGUGGCUGUCCCGCUGUGUCUACAGGCUCGGCGAAGAAGCGAUGGUUGCGUCAGGCAAUUUCGGAAGAAUGCGAUUCGCCUAACAGCCGACCUGAAAGUCCACCAUCACUCAGCGAGACGGUAGCACCGCCCAAGAAGCGGCGAAUAGCCCGAGAGAGUUUGUCGUCGGAUAAUUAUACUCCACCGACGACGCCGACCAUGUUACUUCCAACCGAAGUUCCAACGCCUAACAGCAGAUCACUGUGUCCUGCUGAUGAUGACUAUACGGAUCAUGUGCAAUCGCCUAUCGUGGAACAGACCGAUGAGAAAUAUUACGAUUCGGAAUCUGUGAAAGAAGAAAUCAAAAUGGACGGUAGAUCUAUAGACAAACCAAUCGCUCGAGAAAAACUCUCAAUUGAUAUUUUUCCUCAAACAGAAUUUUGUAUAAAACGUGAAGAAAAAACAGAGUGCUCAGAUAUUAAAAUGGAAGUGUCUUCCGAAAUGCAUACAGAAAGCGUUACGACGAAAAAAGAAAAAAUUUCCCCAAAGUGGGAGGAAGAUGAUACAAAAUCUGAAUGUAAUUAUACUCAAUUGAAUCAGAAAUUAAUUGAAAAAAUUCGAGAAGCCAUCAAAAAGGAGGAAAAUGUGAAGGAGGAAAUUGUCACUAAAGGCACAGUUGAGAUAAUCGAUCAGAACGAACCCGACACAGAGAUGGAAGAAUUCAGUUCUCCCAUCGCUACUAUAGAGCCUGACGCGAUUCUCAAACAACGAGUGGUAGAAAUGCAGUUGGAGUUUGGCGGUGCCAUCGCUGAAAUCGUUAACAUUGUCAGUAGCGAAAACGAUAAAUCAAACGACGAGAAGAAAUCGUCCGAGGCCAUUGCGAAGUGCCAGGAAACCGUCGAAAAAUCUGAUGACAACGUGUCCAUCGACGAAUUCGACGUAGAGGCGCAGAUGAAGAAGAUCACGGGUGACGACGGUAACGAUUAUCAGGAGAAAAUUGACGCGAACUCAGAGAAGGACAAGAUGGACGGAAUGGACGGAAUAGAGGGAUUAAUGGAGAGCUCGAAGGAGGACUCGGACUCCGAGGAUAAGGACAUGGACGAUGACAAGUACUGCGAAUCUUCCUUUAAAUUGUUUGAUAUCAGUCGCGAGGAAACACCUUUCAAAGAAUCGGACAUUAAACCCGAUACUAAACCGGAACAGAUUAUCGUUGCAGAAGACGACGCGAAAGAGUCGGAUGAGGGUACGAAUGACGAGCUUACAAAAGAGGUCUCCAAGCCGGAACAGUCGUCUACUCUCAUCGCGUUAUCGGAGGAGUCUAUUUUCGAAUCGCCUUCUACGAACGUGGAUGCGGAGUCCGUCACGGAUUCUCCCAAGAUCUUUCACUCGAUUCCACCCCUAAGUGAGCGUAUUCGUAAGAAGACCGUCGAUCCGUCCGCCACGCCGAAAACGCCCAAGAUGGAUUUUGAAGCGGCUAUCAUAGAAUCUACGAUAAGUAUAGACGAUGGAGAUGGGUCUAAGAACGGCGAGCAAAAGAUUUUAUCGACCGCGCUGCGCGAGCUCUUGGAAGCAAAACUGGACGACGAACCGGCGGCCAAAGUAAUGAAAAAUGAAAUUGAUAGUGAGAUUAAUGCGCCAUCACAAGUAAUUCAACCAAAAUCAGACUCCUCUGAACAUAGUUUAGACACAGUACAAGAUUCAGUUUCGACUCAGGAAACUCUGAAGCCAGAAGAGAUUCCAGUCAAGGAGGAAGAGACCAAACCUAAAGAGAUAAAACGAUUGAAAGACCCGAGGACCGUUGUGCCGAACAGUAUGCCAGCACCAGCUUUCAAAUCAGAUGCUCUUCCUCCCGUCAAGCGCAAGGUUAGAAGGUUGUCCAUAUCGGAGUAUCGCAAACGCAAACAACAGUCAUCCGGAGGAACCGGUACCGAACCAGAAUCGCCGAACGACGCUUCCACCACGGACAAAAGUGGAGCACGAGGUAGAUCGGAUAGCGCCAGCAGUGGCACCUCUUCGCUCAGUUCGGACGAGGAGGGUUCCAAAGCAUCGCUGUCUCUUGACGUAACGGGUCUUAACACGCACUUUCCUAAUUCUACUAAUGAGAACGAAGAAAAAAAAGGAGAGGAAGGUGCGAUUGGUUGGUCUGCAGCACCGACUUUGGUAGAACGUCAACGAGAAAAUCUUACCGAGCGACUAAAACGUGAAUUUGGAUUGUUCCUCAGCGAUGACGAGGAGGAAAGAGCUCGCAAGCAUGGUUUGACGGCCGAGGCGAUACUCAAGGCGCACAAAUCUCCGCCUCCUAAUUUAGUAGUCGGGACUCCGCCGGGAUUGCCGCAGCUGCCCCCGCAGCCGUAUAUACCGCCACCCGGUUCAGCGUCUAUCCAUUAUCCCCAGUUCCAAAGCAAACCCGGCACGGUGCAAUACCCAAACUUCGCGAUACCGCCGCCGACCACGACUCAGCAUACGAUGUACGGCACCGCUACGCCGUCACAGGUGGCCGCAGUUAGCAAACAGACGCCGCAGACAUCACAGUUCCUGGUGCCCCAGGUAGCUCAAGCACCACCGGGUGCUAACCCGUAUCCACCGCAAUUCGUCCCGCCACCGCCACCGCCAUCAACGCCGGCGACAGGAACGGCGGUGCCAAUCUCGAAGUUCCCGUCGGUGACGCCGCCACCGCCGCCGCCCCCGGGUACCCAGUUGCCGUACCCUCCGACGCCGUCGGGACAACCUCAGAAGCCAUUUUUUAACCAUCCGGCGCCGAGGUCGUAACCGGCAGAAAAGGUUAGGAUCGUUAAAAGUUCUUAAGCUUUUAAGUGAUAUUUUAUAUUCUUCGCAACUGGCGGGUGUCUUCAUUGAACCGAUUAGUUUGCUCACUCUUUUAUUAAUGAGGCAAAGUUUUAGUAGACUCUUUGCGUUGGAAAAAAAAGAGCAAAAAGAAUUCAAACUAUUUCAAAAUAUUUUUGAUGGAAGUUUGCAUUCUUUUAUUAUAAGCUAACAAAAUAUCACUUUGUACAUGGAAGCAAGUUACAAACGGCAAGAAGCCGCAAACAGAAUUCCAACGAUUUCUUAAACAGUUAGAAAGAAAACUGUGGUUUUGAUUUGUGCUGUCAAUCGCUUCUAGAAUUGUCACAUAUAUUUAAAAUUUACUGAUACACGUUCAAUGGUUUUUUCUCAAGAUAUUCGACGGAAUUCGUGUGGCCUAAAGUGAUAGUUUAGUAUUUUGAGGAUAUAGCGACGCGCGUUUUAAGUAGCAUAUAUCUAGAAAAAAAGAGUUGUAUUGGUACCUUUUUCGCGAACAACGGCCAAAAGUGUAUUUGAAUGGCAUACACUUUUUAUACCGGUGAAAUGGUGCCCUAAAUACGUUUAUAUAUAUUAUAUAUAUAUAUACAUAUAUAUAUAUGUGUGUAUAUAUAUAUAUAGCAUUAGUCCAAUUUUUUUAUAAGGUGUUAAGUUGAAAGCGCGCUUUUCGGCUGGCUGGUGUCAGUCGAUUUUUGCGAUAUCCACUCUAAAACAGUUAUCAUUAUGUGUACAAUGUGCGCAUCCCUGCAUAAUACAACAUACUUGUACAUAUUAUUUGCAUAUAUGCAUAAUAAUAUUAACAAUAUAGCUAUAUUUAAUGACGCUAUAUAUUUAGAUUAGUUCAUAGUAACAAGCCGUAACAAACCUAGUAUGAAUAGAUAAGCUAGUACUGUGUUGUGUUGUUUUUUGACUAAAAAGAGGCAAAAAGUGGCGCGGAAUUCUCUAUAUUUUAUAUUUCACUGUAAAAGGUCAGAUUAUUUAUAAUAAAAGAUAAAUGUUGAAAUUUGAAAACUUGAGUUUUAUUUUCGAGAUUUGUAAAAGGCGAUUACUUGAUUUUUCUCUUUCUCUCUUUCUCUCUCUCUCUCUCUCUCUCUCUCUCUCUCUCUCUCUCUCUCUCUCUCUCUCUCUCUCUCUCUCUCUCUUUCUCGUACGAAGAUAACUUAUUUAGUGUGCGCGACAGAUGUUUUUUGACGCCAGUUUUUAUUUAAAAAAGAUUUAUAAAUUUAUAUGAGACUAUUGAGAUAUAGUGAGAGGAUACACCAGUUACGGUAAAUGGUACAACGUACAACGUACAACGUACCAUUUUUACUCUCUUUGAUGCUUUAAGCAAUAACGCAAUACAUUUUAUUUAUAAAAGCGCGAGGAUACGUUACAAUACGUUUUAUUUGUGCGUUUAUCUUAAAAAAGGAUUUCCCAAAAUUUUAUUCGCUCAUAACAUUCAUUCAAGUACAAAACUUAUUAUAUAAUAAAAAGUGUAUUAAAUCGUGUAGAAGUAAAUUAAUACAGCGAAAGAAUCGUAGUCUAUUUUGUAACUAAGAGCUGCUUUACGAUCUUUUCGUUUUUAGUACGAUUGUUCUAUAAUCGAAACAAAAGAAAUAUGUGUUUCGUCUGUACUUUGAGCAAUAGAUUUGCGUUAAAAAACUAGUUAGCGACAUCCUUUGCGCAUGUAUUAGUAAUUCGGUGUAUUACAUAAUCUCGUAAUUAAAGAUAUCGUGAUUUUUGUCUAAUAAUUUUAAAAGUCUAGUUCCAACAAUGCGCGCGUAUGUAAUUAAAAUUAUAUAUAUUGUAUAUGUAAUUGAAAUUAUAUAGAUAUAUAUAUAGCGAUAUAACAAAUUUUUCAGAUUUUGAUGGUGCGAUUAUUACGUGUACAUAAAUACGUUACUUGUUAUGAUGCGCGAGAAAAGCCAAGUUUGAAUUUCUUUGUAAGUUUACAGCUUUUCUUUGUUUGUAAUAUAAUGUAUUGUUUAUUCUAUUUUCCGUCAUAGACUUUCCGAAUCGCGAAGAGUGAUGGAUAUAGGAUAUUUAGAAGAAACAACGAAGAGAUGAAGAAACAGUUACUUCAUUAAUGUUGUGUAUUUAAGAAUGUGCAGCGCACUAAGAAUUAUAAUUAUUCACUCUCCGCGAUGUAAUAGAGAGUCAUCUGACCGUGUCGCUCGAAUUAAUCAUAGUACAAUUAUCUAAAUGAUAACAUUCAUUAGAAAUUUGUGACAAUUACGUUACACGUUAAAGUAAUGUCAAGUGACAAUUGAAAUAAAUUUUUCGAAAGGAAAACAUGUAAAUCAUAAAUUUGUUUAGCCUCGUUUAGAUAACACUAUCUUAAGUUUUAUUGAUGAAAAGAAAACAUAUAUAUAUAUCUCUUAAUUUAUUAUACGAUGUGCAAAAGCUUUAUUUUCAUAAUGGAUUAUAAAGGUCAUAUUCACAGUCGAAUCUUAUAUUUAAAAUCAUUUUAAGCACUGUCUUAAGAUGUCAUCAACCAAUUAUAGAAUAUUAUUAGCAUUUUAAAAACGUUAUUUGAAACCGUCUUGAAAUAAGAAUCGACUAUGAAUAUCAGCCUAGAACUCUUUCUCAGCUUGGACUUGUGUGAUCUCCUAAUUGCAAAUUAUGUAACUAUGGAUGUGGUCCACUAUAAAUACUCCGAAACGUUUCCGAUGUGCUAUUAAUUUUAUUUAACAAUGCGGCGUUAAUUCGUCAUUAAUGCCUUACAGAUUUUCGUUCUAUAAAAACAAAAAAAAAACAAAGUUAAAAAGAAUAGAAACUUAAUAAGAAAAUAAAAGAAUUAGAAAGAUUUAAAAAAUUAUUGCUGAUGUAUCUUGCUGAAAUAUUAUUGGCCAUGAAAAUUUGUUUCGCAAAAAAGUAAAAUAAAAAGAAAAAAAGAGACUGGACGAUACCGUGUUUACUCGCAGUGGAAUUAAAAAUCCAUAUGUCCAAAUCGGAGCGAAAGUAUCUGGAAUACUUGGGAGUGCCAAGUGUACCGCAUCCGUCGUGUAAUCCGAUUAUAUGAUAGGAUUCUACCUGAACGAAGAUGCAAAAUAUGCAAUGCGGGAUUUUCCAUGUACACAUAGGAGAAAGAGAAGCGAGCGAUUUUAAUCCUGUAAUGUCGAUUUUUAAGCGAAUAUCAAAGUUUAGAGAUCUGUGAUUAGAAGAUGUGCGAUAAAAACUUGAAUAUAAAAUUUAUGCAUUCUUUACAUAAGAUUAGGGGGGGAAGAAGGGGUAUUCUAAGGCGAAAUUCUGGGAUGUGCAUAUACGAUGCAUGUGUACGGAUCUCCUGUAGAGGAACACCUUCCUUUUUUCUUACAUUGUGUUUGGCUGCGAUUUCAAAAUGUAAACAGACGUAUUUUUGGCAUUUGAUAUUUACUUUAUACUUUAGCUAAUAUUUUGUAAUAAAAAGAGACAUGCACAUAAAUGUAAGUUAUAAAUUGUCGCAGGUGGCGUGACAUCAGACACGGAAGAAAGUGUACAGCUUGUGUUCGCCAUCCGCAUACAAAUUGAAAACGUGUAAAUAUUUUUGUAAGAUAAAUUUUAAAUGUGCAUAUAUACAUAUAUAUAUAUAUAUACAUACAUUAUUUAAUUAUUAAGUAUAUAUAUACACACACUAUAUACAUAUAUGUAUAUUAUCUCUCUUUAUUCUUCGAAUUUUUAUGAAAUUCUACGAGAAUCUCUAAAAUCCGAAGAAAAAGCUAUACGAUAUACGAUUGCUUUUUGCAGCGAAAUCUAUAUGUUUAUUAUCCAUACAAUUCUCCAAUAAAAACUAUACAUAUACGUACAGAUAUGUGUAAUACAUAUCUGUAAAAUGAGACAUUCUGACAUAAAAAAGCAGGCAACAUGCGACCUUGUUAUUAAAAAAGCAUCUGAUAGUAUAAAACAAUUCGUUAGGAUAAUCGUUUCAAUGUUGUAAAUAAAAGCAGAGCGCAUAGCGGUUAUUAUAUUAUUAUAUUAUAUUAUAUUAAUAUAUUAUAUUAUAUUCGCAUAUAUAUAUAUACAUAUAUAUAUUCAAUCUUUAUAUAAUAGGCUGAGAAUACACGAUAAUUUUUUUAUUUGCGAUUCACUGUUACAUGUAUGUGCCUAGUUAUAGCCAUGUUACAAUUAUUACCUAUUACAUUGUAUGAUAAUUUAAUCCAUAUUAUCGAUUAUAAUAAAUGUAACAAGUUCUUCGAUAUCAAACUCUAUACACACGAUAUAUUAUUAUGGCGUAACGUGUAAAGAGCUCAUAUUUAGGCAUACGUGAAAAAAUUUAAUAAAUCGGAAUACAUUUUACGAA